AUGAGUGAGCGCUCUGGUGCGAGCACUCUAGCAGCGAUGACGCUGGAGGAGCCAGGGGCUGAACAGGCAUCUCCCCGAGCCCCGGGCCCUCUUCGUUGUGGCCCUUGUGCUGUGUGGCCUCGCCAGCAGACCUGGCUGUGUGCCGUGCCCCUGGUAAUGGGCUUUGUGGGACUGGGACUCAGUCUCAUGCUGCUGAAAUGGAUUGUGGUGGGAUCUGUCCAAGACUAUAUCCCCACUGAUCUGGUGGAUCCUAAAGGUAGCAUUGGACAGGACCCUAUAUUUCUCUCCAAACCCAGUGCCAUGCCCAAGGGGCCCGACAUUUCCACCGCCACCACUACUUCAGCUGCCUCUACCACAGCAAUGGUGUCUACUACCACGCCGCUAGCUGCGGAUGGUACUGCCCCAGCACCAAGAACUCGAUCAGGGCCGUCAGCAAACCACUCAGCCAAUGGCAGCACUGUCAAUGGAGAUGGCAACCGUGCCCCACACCUUCACAAUCGUGUUAGCAGCCGCACUAGUGGUACUGUGGUUACCACCUCCACCACUCGCGCCACCCGACUCACCCCACCACUCAGCGGUAAGGAGGUCACCCCUCGCAGCACAGUUAGAAAAGGAGGCAGUGCUGGAAAUGGACAAAACGGAGCUGCCAACCCAAAGCCAGGACAGACUUCUGCUACCAUCACCACCACAGCAUCCACUUCAACUACCGCUACUGUAAAGAACACCGCCAAGGUGCAGCCGACCACCUCUCAGCCGGCAGCUCCGGUCAAACCCACGUCACGCUGGAAUCACGGGCGCCCAGGCAAGGGCCCCGCCACACGCCCACACCACCGCUUCCGAACACCAGUGGCCCCCACACUUCCAAGUCUACGUUCAGAGGUCUUCAAGCCAUGUGUGGAAGACAAGGAUCUGGCCUUCUGUCUAAAUGAGGGAGAGUGCUCCAUCAUCGAAACCGUGGCUGGGGUUCACAGACACUGCGUGUGUAAGGAGGGCUACCAUGGACUGCGCUGUGACCAGUUUGUACCCAAGACAGAUGCUAUCUUGUCAGACCCAACGGAUGAACUUGGGAUCGAGUUCAUGGAGAGCGGCGACACCUACCAGAGGCAGGUGCUGUCCAUCUUCAGCAUUGCCUCGGGGAUCUGUCUCCUUGGAGUGGCAUGUAUGGCUCUCUACCGCCGCAACAAGAGACACAGGGAAAAACUCCAGGCUCAUUUCUCUGACAGUCGCAGCCUGAGGGACUGCAGUGUCAAUGCCUCUGGCCUCAUGUCCAAAUCUGCUCCCAGGCUUCAAUACAGCCUUCAAAUCCAGAAGAGCUGCAGUUCUCAUGGAUCGUCUAUCAAGGGCGUCAGCGUGGCAGCAGGCACAUCAACGGUAGCCCCACCUAUUCUCAGCAGAGCGCUGUCUAAAGGGAAACGCUUCAGAAGUAGUUCCCUCUCGCUUAGUCCAGCCCAACAACGCAGGGAGACUAAUUACUUCAGGACCCCGCCCAUUCCCAGAGGGAAACACAAAUCGACAAAUCUCAUCGAUGGAUCCAGAGUGGCCGGGCCUGUCUACAAACAUUUGCAGGAGGAUGAGUCAACAGACAUGGAGUCCGUAAGAAGGUGUGAUUCUGCCAGUGGACGGGUCAGCGCCCUCCUCAGCAGGACCUCGCUCUCUCACUUCGCAGCCAGAAAAGGAUGGACCGAGGUCCCCUGCACCCGUCUGGAUAAGGGAACAACCUUCCUUCCACCCUCCCUGCGCACCCGUUCUGUGCCCAUCAUCCCCUCGCUCCAAGCGAGUGACCUCGAAGCGCCGCAUGUGGACACGAGUGAGCGGAACCAAGGGGGGCUCCUCAAGUGGCACCCUGCGCUGGCUGGAAAGGCAAUGGUGCCCAUUAGCAAUUCUCCCUCUCCCCCAUGCGAGACUGUAGUGCUGGCGCCUGGUGUUAUGCCCAGCAGUGUUAGCCCUCCCUCUGCCACCACUACUGCUCCUCUGGGGUUGGAGAAGAAUCCCUGCUCCGCACAAACACCCUGCUCCAUUGAAAUUACAGUGGAGCUUGCGCAGGAAUUAAAACAGAAAAGCCUUUCCAGCUCCAUGAAAAUGUCUGGGUCUCACAGCGAGAUCCACCGCGGUGGCACAAACACUCUCGAGGCUGGGACUGUGCAGGAGUCGGAACGGAAAAGCGUCCAAUACUCAGCCAGAGUUCAGCACACAGGCAGUGGGACCAGAGGUUUGAAGGCAGCAGGCCAAAGAGAAGCCCAGGGACAGUGCCAAGGUCAGACAUCCCUUGUGUACGGAGGUGCAAACUGCUCCUUGGCCACCAAAGGACCCAGCUGCAGAGGAACUGGAAACGCUCAUGCCAAGCCCUCUACAAGCUGAUUGGAUUAACUCUGUAAAGCUUCAAAGACACCGUUCCCAAUAACUGUAUACCUUUGCUAGCGGCACAGGAUGGU